GGGGGAAUAUCGGACACUAAAAAUAUGCUGAUAUGUAAAACGGGAGCCUGUCAAAAGGUCUUUUGCAAACUUUGCAUUCCAAUUGAACUAUCUUUGGCAGAAAAAAAUGUCUGGACAUGCCCAAAUUGCAAAGCUACGUCGAAAAGAGGCGGCGAUAACUCCUCUACUCCUGUUCGUACGACGCAGUACGAUUGUAACGUCACAAUGCGUAAACAAAACAAAACGUCUCAACAACUACAGUCUACAACGGGAUCGGGACCAGAGGUGGACAAGUCGACGGCGGAACCCGCAAUGCCCCAGACACCUUCUCUAGGGACUCCCGGUGAUCUGACUGAGCUAACGUCAGAAAUAAAACUUUUACGUGGUGACAUGUCAAACCUCAGGAACCAACUAUCUUCUGCUUUGGACUCCCUGGCUAAGUGCCAAACCCGUAUGGAUGAAAUAAACGGCAAACUCGCAGACACCGAGCGCCGGCUGCAGGCUUUGGAGGACCAGCAAUCGCAAAAUGUACGCAUUAAGGCUACAUUACAGGACCUUGAAAACAAGUACAACAUGCAAGCACAACUUGCUUUAAGAAAUGAAAUAGAAAUCAUCGGUUGCCCAGAAAUCAAAAACGAAAAUCUACAUCACACUACAAUGGCCAUAGCCACCAAGAUUGGUAUCAGUGUAUCGGAACUAGACAUAGACUUUGUUUCAAGAGUGGGACCCAUAAGAAAACAAUCCAGCAACGAGUCUAGCCAAGCACCACGGCCUGUGAUUGUACGUUUUGCCCGCCGGAAGGACCAGAGAGCGGGCGGGCCAGGCAAACUUCAAAUACUGUUGGACUCGAAGUGGAUUCAUCUACACAAGAAAGCGAGACGGUGCAGAGGCCAUCAAGAUCACCAGCUACGACUGUAUCGACCGCGUCUUUGGAUCUCCACAGCAGCCUGAACUUGCUUCUAAAGGCUGCCCUGAUGUGUAAUUGCGCCCUAAUUACAAGAUUAACUGGUAUUUCGUUAAUAUACUUCUUAGGUUUAGUAUAUGUCAGCCAAGAAAUAGUAACAACUCUUUCUAAACUUAGUUGUAUUUAUUUUUGUUGUAUUUUUAAUAUUGGAACUUCAUUAAAGUGUAGUCAGCAUAUCAGAAAUUCUUCACCAUCACACAUACUCACUACAAAUAUAUUACACACAUCAAAAUACACUACUACUUGCCAACCUGUUAAGAAAUAUGAUCCUGGAGCCUCCCUUUCCCUUUGGCUUUGUACUGAUACUCCCUUCAUGCAG